AUGCUUGGGACUCCUGCCCCCGAGGUGGACGAGGACAAGGACUUAACCGUCCCGAUACGCCCACUAGACCCGAGUUCUCACAAGAAGAACGAUGACCUGAAAAAGGCAGUUCAGAAACUUUCGUCCGGCGAGGACCGAAAAAUGGAAAUUCCUAAGCUUGAGCCAAAGACACAGGAGCCUGCACAUGCGAUAACUUCACCCUCAAAGAGUAUCCUGCUUACUCCUGGAACUGCCACAACGCGCCGUAAAACGGUGUCUUUUGGGGCUGGUGUUAAGGAUAAUGAACGCAAGCCCGUUUUCCUUGAUGAUGAGCGGGAUCUAGAGCUGAGCGGAGGAAAUAUCAGCAGCCAAUGGUCAAUGAGCGUGCCCAGUGGUUCUGGACGCAGGAGCAAAUUGACACAGUCUCUACUUGAAGCCCGCGAAGAGAAGUUUGGACAAAAAGUAGAUGGCUUUGAUGACACUCCUGUCAAGAAAGAAGAGCGCAAAGAUACCCGCGAAAAGGACGAAGAUGAGUACCGUGAUUCUGAUCAGUCUGAGGAAGAAGAGGAAGACGAGGGAGAUGUGACAAUUAACCUCGAAGCUCCGCAUUCCCAAUCCGGAAAAUACUGGAAAUCCGAAUUCGAAAACUACCGGACCAAAACGGAGAAGGAAAUACGAAAGCUCAUCGAAUACCGAUCAGUCGCGAAAUCUUACGCAAAGAAAAAGGAGACAGAGGCCCUUCGCCUUACUGAGAAACUGAAGCAAGAAGAGCUUAAAGUAGCGGAGAUGGAGAGGCGCGUCUCUGAGCUUGCUGCUGGCAUGGUUGGCAGUGGCGACGGUGAGAACUCGAACAAGGACCAGAUGUUCCGCGAGCUUUCAAGGCAGACUGCUGCCGCACUGCAACAUAAACAGAAAACAGCAACUCUCCGAAAAACAUUAGAAGAUCAUGGCAUUGUCAAUAAGGAGAUGUUGGCAGAAGAUCUAUCAGCAGAGAGAACUGCUGCGAAGCUUCGUGAGGUUGAGGAGGCUCUCUGUGAAGCGAACGCUCGACUUCGCGAGAGCGAAAGAAACCCAAAGUUAAAGGAACUACAAGAGCUGGUCCGGAGCUCGGAGCGGAAGGCUGCUGAACUGAAAAGAGAUAAUCUGUUACUGCAGCGCAAUCUUGACAGGGUAAAGACCGAACUUCUACACGUCGGCGAGCGGCGAAAGGCACAGGAAGAGAGAGCGAAGAAGCGUGAAGAACGACUCGAGUCUCGCGCUCAGGAAUAUAGUAAGCGCUUGACUGACUCUUUACGAGACCACCAAGCGGCGGAGGAAGCGUUAAGAAAGUCAUUUGACGCCGAGAGGAAACAAAUGCAAGAGACUAUCGACUUAUUGAAAGGAACCUUGGCCUUGCGUUCGGACAACUCACAGCCCCAAACAUCCACUCGCUCAACACGACGUGAGGAGAUUACAGAAGAUAUACUUGAGCGGCUUAAAAAAGCUACCAGUAACUAUCACGCACGGGUGGAUUCCUACGACUCAAGCGACGACCAACUAGAAAUUACCCUCCCAAGUGAUAAGGAUGUGCUUAAUUCGCCCACAAAGUCACUGACUAAAUCUCGUGAGGAUACCCAAAGUAAAGCUCCUGAAAGUCCGUUUGAUGAAGAAACUAUAGGUGCUUUAUUAAAAACCCUUCGAGGGGGGGCUGGUUCACCAACAAAGCAAUCUAUACAGCAAGGCACAUCCGAGCAUAUUCAUGAGGACACCGAAGCUUCUAAUGGCGUCCCUACGGCCAGCGUCCGUCGCAAACUGCAACUCAAAGCCGAUGCAAAAGCUUCCGGUAAUACUUCAAAGAACUCCGAUGAACCGCUCAAUCUCGCCGAAGAACUGUUUAUUAGACUCGGCGGUUCCGCCCGGAAUCUUGAAUCACUCCGCCAGAAGGACAGUGAUAUGACAAACACGACCCUAGGUUCAGUAGGCGAUGUGAAGUCUACGCCUCUCUCCAAGCCAGCCGUCAAACAACGAACGUCGUAUCGCCCUGGUCAUUCACCUCGUCCUUCCCUUUCGUAUCUAAACUCCGGUCGUGUAGACACCUUGCCUAAAAGGCAGAAGUCACGGACAUCUUCACACCUUGAACGGCACCGAACUACUAAUCAUUCGGAUAUAAACCGCCAAUCCACCACAAAAUCGGAUGGUCCUGCUCAAUCCAAAUUAGGUUCUAUUCCAUCAGACCGACUUGCAGCGGCUAAGGCUAGGUUAAGGCAGAGGCAACUUCAUGCUAAGGUCGAAGCAGAGGACAAGGAGAAUAUGCUUUCAGCAUAG